GCUUUCCACUUAACAAGCUUUAACAUCAUUACCUGUUAUGUUGAGGGGUGUCUUAGAAAGUAUGCCAAACCGAAACCAUGUAAGGAGGGAAUAUGAGGAAGUGUCAUUGUAUAAUUGCCCAAGCAUUUCAUAUUUCGUAAUUUUAGGAUAUCAUAUUGUGAUAUCACUUUGUUGGAAUUUAGAAUCAACUGUCGGUCGUAACAGAACAUCCACGCAUUGCCAUAGAUAAUUACUGAAUGACAAUGUCCAUUUCUAGACAAGUAGCUCUUCAACUUUUCCUUGGGGUUAUCAUCUCACAAAGCGCUCCACCCACUUGGAUCUACAUCAUUGAUGGAACAGGGGUCCGUUAUUCCUUUAACAACCUCUCUGUAACGGUAAUAGCUGGUCAACAGCAUGACAUCACAUGUGAAGCAUACGGAGCAAAUCCCCAUGCAGUGUUGGAAUGGCAUGUACCGGAUGAUAUGGCUGUUGUUCACCAGGAUCAGUCGGAAGCUCUUCAAGGCGGAUCUUACAUCUCCCGAAAAGCGGUAGCCAUCACACCCUCCAUGAAUGACCACGGAAAGAUUCUUAGCUGCAUCACGUCACACCCAGAACUAAAAAAUGAACGUCUACGCUCAGUUCAUCUCAAUGUUCAUGUUCUGCCAAGGGAUGUGGUGCUCUUUCGAACUGGAGGAAACCAGUCCAAUUCAACCGUACUUAACGUUCAAGAAGAUUCACCGACUUCAAUUACUUGUAAAAGUAUUCGGUCAUUCCCAGCGACCAAACUAUCAUUUCAGUUGACAAGUGGUACUGGUCAUACUGACAGAAUCCCCAUCCAUGAAAAUUCCUCAAUCAAAAGGAAUGUUUUAGACGAUGCUUUGUUUGACACCGAGAGCACUGUAACAAUACAUCCAAAUAUUAAACAUCAUGGGAAGACCGUUCAAUGCUACGCAUCACUUGAAAAACACGUAGUCGGAUUUACGUCCGCCACAGUGAUCGUUUACGGCCCACCAGAACGCGUAAUUAUGAGCUCUACUGUGGACCUAUACGAUGGCAUAGAAAUAAAUGUAACCUGCAGAUCUCUUAAUGGAUACCCUGCACCGCAUAUCCAUUGGUACAUCGGGUCAAGAAAUCUUACAGAGGAUUCAUCUUUAAAAAUAAGUGAAAAUAAUGCCGGUCGAUAUGACACUGAAAGCACUCUGACUCUAAUACCGACGAGGUUUGACCAUGGGAAACGUCUUCUCUGCCUGGCAGUUCAACCUACACGUUCAGUGAAUCAAAGCUUGGUUCUGAACGUAACAUAUAAUCCUGCUGUGUCAAUCACUGCUCGACGUCUUACCUCACACAAAGCAAGUGGGACUACUGAGCUCGUGUUGAUAUGUGAAGCGGACGCCAAUCCUCCUGUCAAUACCUUCGUUUGGCUUUGCAACGAGACUGUAGUGCCCUGGGACACCAAUAACAUUACUCUCCCCCAGACUAUAUCUGAAGAUGCAACACUAAGGUCCAGCGUAUUUGCGAUUCAAAACCAACUCUCGAAAAAUCAUUGUGUUUUUAACUGCACCGCUGAAUCAGAAUACGGCUCGGGAAGUGCAACCUUCGAUUCCCUUUAUUCGUAUGUUAUCCCGAAUCCACCUUCUGUCUUCAUCAUCUACCAACACCAGACGAGAUCUUCAUCUCUUUUCGUUGCCUGGCAGCUAGGAUUCAUCAUUGGACAAAAGUAUCAAUCAGAAAGUAUCGACAAUGUGAUCAACAAACAUGAAAUCGAUCCACCGAAUGUGAUCGUUAUUAUUGAUGACACGGGGAUCCGCUACUGCUUCAAUAACCUUUCAGUGACUGUCAUAGCUGGAGAUCAAUACAACAUCACAUGUGAAGUAUAUGGAGCAAUGCCUCCUGCACUACUGAAAUGGCGUUUACCAGAUGAUAUGGCUGUUGUUCAUCAGGAUCAGUCGGAUGCUCUUCAAGGCGGAUUUUACAUCUCCCGAAAAGCGGUGACUAUCACACCCUCCAGGGAAGACCACGAAACGAUUCUUAACUGCAUCGCGUCACACCCAGGACUACAAAAUAAACUUCUAUGCUCAGUUCAUCUCAUUGUUCAUGGUAUGGAUUUUCUCUUUGUUAUAUUUUUCAGGGAAUAUCAGUAA